AUGGCACUUGUUGCCUCAGCGGCGAUUGCCUCGCCGCUGCAAAUCCGCAGCCGCACAGAUCCCAACACUGGUUUGACUUGGAUCUACAAGAAUUCAAGCCUGCCGAAAGUCAUGCAAGUAGAAUGGCUGUAUAACACCGGCGAUGGCACCAUCCUCUCGGGUUCAACAAAUGGGCGCUUGGACAACAUCAACUACGGAGGAGGUGUUGGUGGUUUGACUCCGGAAACCCUCAUUGGCAAUGUCAGCGAGGUUCUCGACAUUGCCCAGUUUGCAGUUCGCAACAUUGGCGGAGGCGGCAGUGCCAAUGCCGACUCGGACAGGUUCCUGAACAUCUCGAUGGAUGCCCACACUCGACUGUGCACCCGUCACUCUGACAUCGUCGGCGCUGUCAUGAUCCACGGCACAAACACGCUGGCUGAGACUGCUUUCGGUGUUGAUCUCACCUUGAACUGCUCCAAGCCCUUUAUUGCGACAGGUUCCAUGCGACCCAACUCCGCUUUAUCAGGUGAUGGGCCUCUCAAUUUCUAUGACGCUGUCAGAACUGCGAUUCACCCCGAGGCGCGUGAUCGCGGAGCUAUGAUUGCGUUCAACGAUCACCUGGUGUCUGUUUUCUAUGGAACCAAGACCAAUGGUAACACCGCCACGACCUUCCUGGCAAUGGAUCAAGGCUACAUUGGCCAGUUCCUGGCCGGACAGCCGUACUUCUUUUACGGCGCAUCUCUCCCCAAGGCUCGACAUUAUUUCAACCCGUUCAAACUCCAUUAUCCCCUUCCGAAGGUAGUGGUUCUUUACGGUCAUCAGGGGUUUGACGCUAACCUGUUGUACUCUGCUGUUGCGGAUGGGGCCAAGGGAAUUGUCAUAAUGGGCGUCGGUCCUGGCGGCCUCAGUAACGCUGCUACCGAAGCCGCUAAUGCACUCUCUGAGAAGGGCAUUGUCACUGUCGCAUCGCUCCGCCCCUUCUUCGGUGCAGUUGUUCCUAGGCCUCAAAUAAGCAAUAUUAUCAGCUCGGGCUUCUUGCACGGCGAGCAAUCCCGCAUCCAGCUUCAGCUCGCUCUUGCAUCUGGCUAUACCGUCAGUGGCAUUCGUAAAUUGUUCGAGGGGGAUAUCCGCAAAGCGGUUUACAACGAUGCCACAGCAUUUUACAACGGUACGGACUUGUAAAGUCUUGAUACGAACAACAGCUUAGCACGCCUCUGAUAUACACAACGACUUGAGGGACAGGUCUCAGCGAUCAUCUUUAACAAAUCGAAAGUCUUCGCUGUUAAAGAGAAUUUUAAUACCCAUAGAACGCGUCAUUGAAAUAAAAUAGCAGCAGGGCGCUCAGUCCUUCACAACUAGCAAAUA